UAAUUUACACUGAACGAAAUAAAAAUUCGGGCGUGUCAUAAAGAGCUCUUUAACCACGGAGUUGCGAAAAGUUGCAAAGAUUUUGACUGCAAAUAUGUACAAGGCUACAGCACCCUGAGAAUGUGAGAGAGAAAGUGCUUGGAGCAACAGCGAUAUUAACAUCUAUGCAUCAUCGCCAUGUCGGCCACAAUGUCAGCGUCUCCAUUAAUCCGGAGACAAGAUGACAGGGAUACAGAAUUUUGGACUCUCAUUAACGACCUCAGAGUGAACGGAAAACUGUGCGAUAUUUUGUUAUCUGUGACUCGAAACGACGGAAGUGAUGUUGAAUAUCCUGCCCAUAAGGCAGUGCUGGCUGCAUGCAGUCGUUACUUUGCGUCAAAUAUUGACGUGUUGGCUAGCGUCACAAUUCACAAACUGUCAGAGAUCUCUGAGCUAGGAUUGAAGGCAGUUCUUGAUGUUAUGUAUAGACAGGAUAUCCCAAAGCUGAUUCUUGAGAGCACAGAGGUAAAGCAUGCUGCUGAAAAACUGAAGAUUGCCCUUCCUGACUCUAAUCCAACUGUGGCAACUUAUGUGGAUCCUAACCCCCAGUCUCAUCAAAGACCUGCUGAUCCAUCUAUGCCGAUGUAUACAGAGCUUGCUCUUGGACUGAUUCAAAGCUAUGAACGUUCAGGUUUGGGUGACCCUGGGGAACAAUUACAACAACAACAACAACAUCAAGCACAGUUACAACCCCAACAAGCGCAAAAUCCUCAUAUAUGCACGCAAGACACUCAUGUGACAACACAGAAUACGUACACAAUGAGUAUGGGUACAUUGGCUCCGAAUCAUCCUCAAAACCCAUCAUUUUCACCAAGUAUGUACAGUGAAUCUAGCUGGAGACCUGAGCUAAAUGGGGGAAAGCCUGAGGUGGUUCAUCAUCAUCAGAAUAAUCUUCCUUCCCAUUUUCAACCAGUGCUUCCCCCUCCCUCUGUGCAACCACCACCUCAAAGUAACCAUCAUCAAAUCCAAGAAAUACCCAAACUACCCCCAAUUCCCAUGACAGGAGUUAAACCUGAUGGGAGCUCAACUACCUCCUUUGAAGGAGAUUCAAUCCCAGAAGGCACCAAGAGAAAACCCCUUGCACACUUGGACUUAAGUAUCAGUAAAGCAAGUCGGGCUAAUCGACUCUUGAAGAAAAAGAAACGAAAGAAUUAUAAAGAUCCUUUCCUUUCUGGUGAAGAAUCAGAUGAUGAGAUCUAUAACAAAUUUGCAAUAAACAGAGCCGGGGAUAUCCGGCCAGCGAAAACUCGACCAAAACAGGGACACAAUACAAAAGAAAAAUGUACGAUGUGUGGAAAAACAUACAAUCUGACAAAUAUAUUAAGACAUAUCUGGCGCGCUCAUCAGGUCGGAGACAAACCCAAGAACCCAUUUAUCAGUAAGAAGUUCCCAUAUAGGGCCCCGCUGGCAAGUAAGCCUUCAUACUCUAAACGUCGUAUAAAGGUGAGUUGUCAUAUGUGUGGCCUGGUGCUAUCUCAAGCCUGUUUGAAAACCCACAUUGAGAGAACCCAUAAGAAGGUUAAACGACAUGCUUGUAAUGUAUGCGGGAAAGGAUUUUACGAUUUGAAGAACAUGAGAAUGCAUAUUGAGCAUGUUCACGAAGGAAAGCGGCCAUUCAGUUGUGAAAUAUGCGACAAGAGCGUUGCUAGGUUACACACCUUACAGAUGCAUCUUGGGAUACAACAUGGCCUCAAAUGGGAAAAAUAUGAACUUUUAAGGGAGCAAAAUAAACUUGGUGAAAUCAAGAUGAAAUGGCUUGAAUCUGGGGGAAAUAAAUCACGCACAAAAACUGAACCAAGCAGAGGUAAUUUCAAAAAUAGGACGCCAGUUCCCAUGUGGCCCGACCCCCAACCAGACCAGGUUGCGCCAUCUAUGGUGAAUCUGCAUGGGAUACCAGUACAACCUCCUUCAGUGUUGAACCAAUUUCCGCACCUUCAAAUGAAAACAAGGGCGCCCCCUAGCAAUAACCAACAGCGAUACUCCUGCAACAUAUGUGGGGAAUCCUACGCUACAAAUGGCAGUCUCACACGUCAUGUUACCCGUAUUCACGAAGGCAAUAAAAAAUUUGCCUGUCAAUUUUGUGGGCGUAAGUGCUUCGAUUCUACGGCUUUGAAAUACCACGUAAUGACUCAUACUGGUGAGAAAAACCAAGUGUGCCCAAUGUGCCCUUAUAAAUGCAUCAAAAAGGCUCAACUUAUAGGCCAUAUUAAAACCAAGCACGAAGGUACAACAAAGAAACAGCAAAAGUUUGUCGUCGAUCCUGAAGCUUCAAAUACUUUUUUCUGUAACCAGUGCGAUUUUUCGUCAAAGUAUAAAGGAAGUCUGAAAAUGCACAUGAUGCGUCUCCAUGGAGACGGUACGCCACAUGAAAAUGUUAUUUGUCCGGAUUGCGGAAAAUCCUUCAGAUUUAAAGAUGAUCUUCAUAAACACAAUGAAAGGGUCCAUUUAAAGAUAAAACGAGUUCAAUGCAAAGGAUGUGGAUGUCAGUUUUACACAAAACGUGAUCUAGAUCAUCAUAAAUGUAAAGCCAUGGCAACCGGGCUUCCACCAGUGCUACCAUCUGUUAAUAUCAUGGUUCCCCAGCAACAGUUGCCACAGCAACAACAAGUGAUAAACACAACACAUCACCAACAGCAACAGCUAAUACAACAAGGCACUGCCAAUGCCCAUCCUGUACUAAUUCAACUGCCACCAAUGCAACAUGACAUAUCACAGCAACCUGUCACAACACAAGAUCUUAGUGGUCUGUAAUAGAAUUGUAUGUCACAGCAACCUGUAACAAGACAAGAUCUUAGUGGUCUGUAAUAGAAUUGUAUGUCACAACAACCUGUAACAACACAAGAUCUUAGUGGUCUGUAAUAGAAUUGUAUGUCACAACAACCUGUAACAACACAAGAUCUUAGUGGUCUGUAAUAGAAUUGUAUGUCACAACAACCUGUAACAACACAUGAUCUUAGUGGUCUGUAAUAGAGUUGUAUGUCACAAC